CCUGCCAUUUGUGUCGACUGCGUUUCGAUGCACUCUGGCCUCUUGUCAUACCCCACACCAAUAUCCGGCUGCUGAUCACCCGGCGACUUUAAUUUAGCACGCUCUGAGCCCCAGGCAAAGAUGCGCACAGCGUCGCAGGUGUUCUACCUGGCAGUCUUCUCGCUGCUGGGUAGCUCGCAUGCUGCCAAUCAUGCCACGCCUACCAAGUCCAAGUCGCCGCCGCCAAACGUCUGCAAUUUGGAGCCUGCGGCAAUAGUAUCAGACGCCUGCGCGAGCUACAGCACCCUCGAACAGCUGAACGAUGCCGUCCACCCCUACCUCCACUCGAUCACACAAGACACCGACUUCUUCUCACACUACCGCCUGAGCUUGUACAGCAAGAAAUGCCCGUUCUGGGACGACGAGAACGGGAUAUGCGGAAACGUGGCGUGCGCGGUGAAUACACUGGACAACGAGGAGGACAUACCACUAGUCUGGCGUGCAAAGGAACUGGGAAGACUAGAGGGUCCUACCGCACAUCACCCUGGCAAGAAGGAGCAGAAGGAGGACAGGAAGAGGCCGCUACAUGGAAGUCUGGGCGAAAACGUUGACGAGAGCUGCGUGGUCGAAUACGAUGACGAAUGCGACGAGCGCGACUACUGCGUACCGGACGAUGCGUUCGCUCCGGCGAAGGGAGACUACGUCUCGCUUGUGGAUAAUCCAGAACGCUUCACAGGGUAUGCCGGUGUUGGUGCCCAGCAGGUCUGGGAGGCUAUCUACCGCGAGAACUGCUUCAGCAAACCGCCGAAGAUGGCUCCCGGCCAGUUCAACGGUCAAUCUGCACCGCUUGGCGGCCCGUCGUUUGGAGGUUUCGGGAACCAGCAGCAACAGAUGGCGGCAAACCAAUUGCGCAACGUCAUGAAGGAGGGUGGUGUUCAGCAAAAGGUCCAGUCGGCCAUCGCCCACGGAACGGCUGUUGCGCGCCUCGACCCGGUCGAGUUUGAUGACACCUGCUUGGAAAAGCGAGUCUUCCACCGUGUCAUCUCCGGCAUGCACGCGUCUAUCUCCACGCACUUGUGUUGGGACUACCUGAAUCAGACCACUGGUCAAUGGGGCCCGAAUCUCUCGUGCUACGAGCAGCGACUCCACAACUACCCCGAACGCAUCUCGAACAUCUACUUCAACUAUGCACUCGUCAUGCGCGCGGUUGGGAAGAUCAAGCAACACAUCCAGGACUAUUCGUUCUGCUCCGAGGAUCCCGAGCAGGACCUUCGCACAAAGAACUCUGUUCUGCGUCUUGCGUCUGCGCUCCCCGCAGGCCCCGAGAUCUUUGACGAGACUGUUAUGUUCCAGGAUCCUGAUACCGUGGCAUUGAAGGAAGAUUUCCGCAAUCGGUUCAGGAACGUCAGCAGGAUUAUGGACUGUGUGGGCUGCGACAAGUGCCGUCUCUGGGGGAAACUGCAGACAAAUGGCUACGGCACAGCACUCAAGGUGCUGUUCGAAUUCGAUGAGAACGAUUCCUCUAAGGACCCGCCACUCCGCCGCACUGAGCUCGUUGCACUGAUCAACACCAUGGACCGCCUUUCGCACUCAUUGUCAGCAAUCAAGGAGUUCCGUCGCAUGGUCGAUGAGCGCGAGGGCAUCCCGAAGGCUGUCGUUCCUGCACCCCAGGAGCCCUCUCAAGGCGUUCUCAAGGCAAAACUUGCGCUUGAAAAGAAUCAGGAGCCAGAGAUCAGGUACAGAGAAGAUGGUCUCCCCGACUUCAGCCGCGACUGGGAUUCGAGCAGAAUGACAGUCUGGGAAGAGAUGGUGGCAGAAUACAAGCUGGUGAUUCGUGUCUUCAGAUACGUGUUGUCGCAGUGGUACCACAUGCCAAAGAAGUUUGGCAGAAUCGCUGUUCUCGAGGCAAAGCGCCUGUACGAUUGGUGGGCAGGCUUCGUACCCAGCGAGAGGAGCUGGGAGAUCCGGAUCCCCAGACGUGAUGAAAUGUGAAGUCGUUCUACUCCUCUAUAGGGUUUUGUUUGGCAAUUUGGCAUAGCAUAGGCGUUCGCAUCGCAGCAUAAGUAUUCGAUUGCGCUUUUGGACCUGAGAAAUCAUAACAUGACAGUUGGCUUCUAUGUUAAUAUGACAUGCAUAAGCUUCUGAUACCUU